CGGACAAAUAUGGGUCAAAUCGAUCCGAAUCAUUUUCCCACAUCGAAAACCCGAAUACUGAGACCGAAUGAUUGAUGAUCAUCAUCAAAUUUCAUCGUCAUUGCGGACAAGCAAAAGAAAAACGUGGCAAAGGCUCCAACCAAACCCACCCCAAAACAAUAUUUUUUUAAGAAAAGAAAAGAAGAGAAACGGUGGCUCCUAGUCACCGGAGUAAAUCAAUAAAAUCUUUAAAAAAACGAAGACAAAAACCAUCUUCUGAUUUGAGCUUUGAGAAUCAGAAAUUAAUGGGAAUGAAGGUUUUAUUGCACUGAUGUCACUGUUCUUGUCUGUGAUUCGUCAGCUUGCGGAAAUCGAGGCAAUGGCAUCGUCAAAGAAGGUGAUUACACGGGAGGAAUGGGAGAAGAAGCUCAAUGACAUAAAGAUUAGGAAAGAAGAUAUGAAUAAGUUAGUGAUGAAUUUUCUUGUCACAGAAGGUUAUGUUGAUGCUGCUGAGAAAUUUCGGAUGGAAUCUGGAACUGAACACAUAGAUCUUGCAACCAUAACAGAUCGGAUGGCCGUUAAAAAGGCCGUGCAGUGUGGUAAUGUCGAGGAUGCUAUUGAGAAAGUUAAUGAUUUAAAUCCUGAGAUAUUGGAUACAAAUCCACAAUUGUUUUUCCAUCUUCAACAGCAGAGGUUAAUAGAAUUGAUACGGAAUGGAAAGGUGGAAGAGGCUCUGGAGUUUGCUCAGGAGGAGCUCGCACCAAGGGGAGAAGAAAAUCAAAGCUUUUUAGAAGAGUUGGAGAGGACUGUUGCAUUAUUGGCUUUUGAAGAUGUCUCCAACUGCCCUGUUGGAGACCUUCUGGAUAUGUCACAGCGCCUGAAGACAGCAAGCGAGGUUAAUGCAGCCAUCCUCACAAGCCAGAGUCAUGAAAAAGAUCCAAAACUUCCAAGCUUGUUAAAGAUGCUAGUCUGGGCUCAAAAUCAACUGGAUGAGAAAGCUGCUUACCCUCGCAUAAACAAUUUAUCUACGGCAACGCUAGAAGAUCCUGCUGUUUGAAAGCCAUAGAAGUUCAUGUGAAGGAUUGCAGGUGUCCAGUUUGAACAGAUUGAGCUAAAUGAUCAUGCUUGUACCAAAAUUGCAAAGUGAAUGUAGCUAGAAAUUUGUUGGAUGAUGUUCAUUAUCUUCUUAGAUGACAUCAAGUAGCUUAAGCUCUUGUACAAUUUGCUGUCAAUACCUUUUUCUUUUUUAAGAUUGUGGGAUUUUAUCAUCAACUUGAAGCAAAAUUAGCUCAACUUGGAGCUAUUGGUUA